ACGAGUUGGGAAAUAUUACGGGGCGACCUUACCGCCGUCAGCACCAUGGACAACGCAGGCGGACCGUCCCGGGCGCAUCUGGACGCCGCUGGCUUCUGGCAGAUCUGGCAGCGCUUCGACAAGGAAGAAAGAGGCUACAUAAGAGAGACGGAGCUGGAUUCCUUCUUUGACCAUUUGCUGGCAAAAUCUGGUACGGGGAGUUUACAGAGGGUCACAUGGAUUUUAUUCUUUUUCCCAUUUAGGAUUCUGGCUCUUCAGGAAAACUUCCUUCUCCAAUUUAAAAUGGAUGCUUCUUCUUCGGAAGAGAGGAAGAGGGACUUUGAGAAAAUCUUCGCCCAUUAUGAUGUUAGUAAGACUGGAGCCCUGGAAGGACCAGAGGUGGAUGGAUUUGUCAAAGACAUGAUGGAGCUGGUCCAGCCCAGCAUCAGCGGUGUGGAUCUUGAUAAGUUCUGGGAGAUUCUGCUUCGCCAUUGUGAUGUGAACAAGGAUGGAAAGAUCCAGAAGUCUGAGUUGGCACUGUGUCUGGGGCUGAAAAUGAACCCCUGAUCCCCGACUGCUUUGCACUCUGCUUAUGUGUCUGUGCUCUUGCCAUGAGAAGUGUGUUUGUGCUUUGCUCUCGGGGCCCCGGUCAGCAAACCUUCUCACUGAUGGAGUGGUACUCUUGGGCAGAGGGGGAGGGACCCUAGGGUGCUGCUUCCAGAGGCAGCCAUGACCCCCCCAUGAGAAGCCCCCAUGCAGCUUCUUCUGUCUUCUCUCCUUGACCUUGGCCUGUCUCCUCUAGAGCCUCAGUUUACCUGCUGGUCUUGCUCUGCUCAACUGUCCCCUUCACCUGGUGGAUAGGGGUAGCCCAAGCUACCACCUCCUGUUUGUCCUUGAGUUUUCUGCUCAGAGUGUCACCUGUGCCCUGCUGUCACCUCUGCAAACAUGUCCACAUGCAGAAAUAACUCUGUAGUCAAGAAUAAAGAUGUGUGUGAGUUA